AUGCUUUCUAGUUUGCAUAAAGUAGUUGCUCAGGAAAACGCCAUCAUUACACAAGGUAUAUAUUCUCCUGCAAUUUGAUGUUGUAAAUGCCUUUGCGGGCUUUGCCCACUUGGCUUGUGUAGUUGUAAAGACUGAUCACAUAGUCAAUAGGACAAGAACGUUAGGAAACUUGAUCGGUUCAUCACAUGUAUAUUGUAUUUUGUAAAUUGUGUAAUAUCAUGACUGGGUAAUUAAACCAACACACUGCUAUAGAGCUGCUCCCGAUUAAUCGAUUAUUUUUCCACAAUCGAUUAUGCUUAACUUACAGUAAUCAGAUCAUCUAUAACACCACACAGCGUGAUGUGGGAAUGAUUAAUUGAAAGAAACUGAUGUUAAUUUCUUUCCGGAUUAAAAAAAUUGCGACAAGAUUGUGAUUAAAGUAUAAAAAGACAAACCUUAAGGCAAAAUUCGUUGAUUCAAAACAUUGUGGAUCAAAUUCACUUGCAGCGUUGCAAAGUUUACCAUUGUUUGAUCAGGUUUAUUAGAUGAAUUUAUUAACAAACCGAUCAUGCAUAAGAGUCUGAGUCUUGCAAAUUUACUUAGGAGUGUCAAAAGUAAACAACUAAAUCUUGUGUGAAGUGUAAGAGGGCGAGAAAGUGCGCAAUCUAUAAUUGUGAUUUAAAUCGGAUUUAAAACGUGUAUACUGAUUGGUGCAACCCCCAAAAUUUAGUAAACAGUUCACUUUACAAACCUGUCAAACCACCAUUGAGCAUGUCAUAUUCAAAUUGAUUAUCAAAACUAUUAAUCAAUAUUAAUCGAUUGUUGACAACGAUUAAUCGAUUGCAAAAAUUAAUCGAUGGGAGCAGCUUUACACUGCUAUUGGUUGGUUGGGCAAAAAACAAUGGUAAUUGACUGAUUGUGCAACAAUCGGAAAUUAUCAAUUACCGAUUAUUUGUGCCAUAAUCUACCCGAUACCGAUUUUGUAAUGACGUCAUAAUAUCAGUCUACCGAGCAAUGGUGACGUCAUUCAUGUCGUUUUUAACAAUAAUUUCCAAUGUAAAAUGUUACUGCAACCGAAGAAUCGUUAAUAAAUAGCACACUUCACACAUUAACCCAUUGAGUGGCAGCACUCUCCCCCUGACGAAUAAAAUCGUCUGGCAUUAGACAGAGUAAACUAAUAAGGUAGGGUGCAUCUGGGUGCAUUGCCACUUCAAGGGUUAAUUUAAUAUAUUGAGUUAAAAUUCAACAUGUAUCAACGUUCAAUGCAUAUCAUUUUUUAAUUAAUUUAAAGUAUGAUCACAUGGAAGGGGCCUUUCAACAAUUAGUCAAUUAUGUCACCAUCAAGUGGGGGGGGGGGGGGCUACCUAAUUGGAUGAUACUGUAGUUCAUAUACCUAAGCUAUAUCUUCGAAUGUUUCUAUUAAUUUGCAGGCUAGUAUGUACUGGUACUGCAUAUGAUGAAAAUAAUUAUUUUCUUCUGAAAUUAAUUAUUUCUAUUUAUUAUUAAUUCUCACUAUGGUAAUUCUCGAUUGAAGCCGCCACAUCAUUAAAUACUUUUUAUUUCUUCCAUUUCAGAUUCUUGCUGGUCGUGCUCAAAAGAAAGUGGGGCCACAGAUGCUGGUCAUGUUUUUAAAGUAUGGGGGACCACUAUGAGGACCAAAAUUUUAACAGUGAAGGCUAGUGGUGGUUGUGGAUACUAUUGAUACACAAUGUACUUUAAUGGAUUAUUGUAAACAUUUAUGGAUUGUUAUGGAUAUUUAUUACCAUCAACAUUUGCAGACAGAUGUAUCUCUAUAUUAAUGGUUACCCACAGAUGUUGACAUACCUCGAUAAUGGAGCUGCACUACUGUUAAAAUGACGUCUGCCUCAAGGUACAGGGUUUCAUUGUUAGCCUACUAUUAGGCAGUAGUUAGUACCCAUACUCCAGUUUGCAUGUGUUCGGUGAAGUAUGAAAUAUGAUUUUCUAAUCAGAGCAUGCAUGCUUACAAAGACUUUUCGUCCAUUUUUAGCGACUUUUGCCAUUGUUCAUAAAUGGGCAAAAAAAAAGCAAAAAAGUAAGGCUAUAGCCGUAACUUUUCGUCCAUUUUUAGCGACUUUUGCCAUUGUUCAUAAAUGGGCAAAAAACAGCAAAAAAGCAAGGCUAUGGCCUUAAUUUUUCGUCCAUUUUUAGCGACUUUUGCCAUUUUUCCUAAGUGAGCAAAAAACAGCAAAAAAGUAAGGCUAUAGCCUUAAUUUUUCGUCCAUUUUUAGCCGAUUUUUCAAUUUUUGAAAAAGAGGCAAAAAACAGCAAAAGAGUAAAGCUUAAGCCUUUAGCCUUUUGCCAUUUUUCAUAAAUGGGCAAAAAAAAGCAAAAAAGUAAGGCUAUAGCCUUAAUUUUUCGUCCAUUUUUAGCGACUUUUGCCAUUUUUCCUAAGUGGGCAAAAAACAGCAAAAAAGUAAGGCUAUAACUUUACUUUUUGUCCAUUUUUAGCGACUUUUGCCAUUUUUCAUAAAUGGGCAAAAAACAGCAAAAAAGUAAGGCUAUAGCCUUAACUUUUCGUCCAUUUUUAGCCGAUUUUUCAAGUUUUGAAAAAGAGGCAAAAAACAGCAAAAGAGUAAAGCUAUAGCCUUUACUUUUCGUCCAUUUUUAGCGACUUUUGCCAUUUUUCAUAAAUGGGCAAAAAACAGCAAAAAGUAAGGCUAUACCUUAACUUUUCGUUAAAUUAACUAAUUAACCCAUCGAGUGAUGCCACUCAAUGGGUUAAUUUAAUCAGUUAACACUGAUUUGCUUCUAUGCCGCACAAAUAUAAAAUAGAUCCUGACUCUUUCAGAUUAUAUUUGUGACGUUGUCUGUGAGUGUGUCCACACUCGGCAUGCUAGAAAGUUUGCUUGAAUUGAACCAACUACAGUUUUUGCACUGCCAGAUGAACACCAAAAUAUAUUAAUUAAAAAGUCAUGAAAAAGCUAUACUUUAGCUCAAAAUUUAUUUUGUUUUGUGCUUUAUUGUUCAGGUAUUAUGCAAGGCCUACAUUGAUUUUGAAAUCAGUCAGGAAGAAUUUCAAAAAACAAGGGAUCUUUAUGAGCGACUACUCGAGAGAACACAACACGUCAAAGUAAGUUUGAUUACAGCAGGGAUCCUGAACUAAACUAAAUAUAAUUAUUUCACUUAGUUGGACUUUUUGUGGCACAUACUUUCAUUUUGGGGACCAGGGUUAGAUUUCUGCAAUAUACAGUACAAUUGUAGGACUAAUCAUUUCUCGUCAGUUGCAUGUAAGAAGAGUGCUUCCAAUUUUCCAAUUUGACUAUUCUAGCAGGUUUUCUUUGGGUACUUUUGGUACCUCCUACAGUAACACUGGCCCACUAAGGAGUUGUCUUACUUAACUUCUAGGGAGAUACUACAGUAACUGAUAAAGUAGGUUAGGGAGCGGUCAUUAUUUAUGGUGGGGGGUGGCACUGGCACCGAAGAGAAAUGUUUUUAGUGCUAAAAAUUUUGCUGACCCAACCAUUAAAAAGUAAACUAUUUGAUUACCCAACCUCAAAUAUCAAUUAAAAAAGAAAUACCCACCCCUGGUCAAAAACAUUACAAAAAGAUACCAUUCAGUUGUCACACAAGUCCCUUACCACUUCUGUGACAUAGUUUGAUAACGGAUUGUGAAAUUUUCCGCAGUCUAAAGUGUCACGUUGUCUGCACAUGUACUUUCUUUGGAAGUUUUGGAGACACCAUUUGUCUCCGAACAAAUCUGGUUGAUUCACAUAUUGUAUUGACAUAUGACUGUUGACAUUGCUUUUUAGUCUCCAAUAUUUCAGUGAGUUAUGCUUUGGAUAUGACAAUAAAUUUUUAUUACCCAACCCUUGAGUUGUUUUGUUUUUCAUUUACCCAACCUUUUACUCACUCAAAAUUUUGUUUACCCAACCAUUUUCUCUUCGGUGCCACCCCCCACCGUAAAUAAUGACCGCUCCCUUAGGUGUGCUCUUGUAGUAUUAGUAGUAACACUGGAACAGCAAGAGAUAGCUCUUAGACUCUACUGUAUCUAAUAACUGAUAGAACUAUCUAGUAUAAUUGAUGUACUGUAACUAGACCUCUCAUGAAUAUUCUUUUUGUUUUUUUCAUAGGUAUGGAUCAGUUAUGCUCAAUUUGAAUUGACAACAGACUUGGAUGAUCGUAUUUCCCAAACCAGGUACUGUACUUUUUAUUUGACAAUAUUGAUUGAAACAUUGCAAAUUUAAGAUUGCCCCCCUUUGGCCCUAGGAUUGCCUGUGGUCCGCCCUUUGCAAUUGACCAAAAAUUUUCUACACAUAUUUUUAUCAGUGGAAACUAAUUAGCCAUUUCUCAAUCUAGCAAAGGACUGGGUCUAGUUGAUGGUUGGAGGGACAAGAAGUUAUAGUGAGCGAGCUAAAUAUAUAUUAAAAGAUGCAUUAUUAUAAUUGUUGCGUUUGAGGCUGCCUUUAGGAAUGUAGGAAAACUUCCUAGAUGCCAUAUUCGGCAUAUUGUUUAUUUUUGUCCUUCCAAACAAGCGACUAGACCCAGUCCUCUGCUCGAUUGGGAAAUGGCUAGCUAAUUGUUUUGAUGAAAGAAAUGUUUUUCAACAAUUUUCAGAAAAUUUCGAGUAGGUUGGGGCAUUAUUUGAAUUUUUUCCCAAAAAAUCCUGUGGCCCCCUUUUUAAACUUUUUUUUACCCUAUUGGACAAUAGGGUAAAAACGUUUUCUUUCGUCAAAACAAUUACUCUCAAUUCAUAAGAACUUGGCCUUGACCUCCAUAGCAAUGUUGUCCUUGUCUUAGUGGUAAAGUACGAAUGCAGUUGGUCUUUGAAAAUGAACUUAGUGGUUUGGCUGUCAAAACUCUACAUCCAAAUCACGUUAUAAGUUAGGCUAGUAGCAUCUUUGUUCAAUGGAAUGGCUUCAUUUCAUCAUUUUCUACUCAUGUUGCAGGAAUGUGUACGGACGUGCUAACCGUGAGCUAAAAACCGCUGAAGAUAAGGAAGAAAGACUCAUGUUAUUGGAAUCAUGGAAGCAGUUUGAAGUAAGUGAUAUAUAUCUUUUUCAUGCUUUCUCUUAAGGCCCAUUUACACGAUACGAUUAGUUGUAUACGAUUGUCAUUCUGACGAAUGGAAACGAGUGCUAAUGCCACGUUAUUGCUCAUUCGCUAAUGGCGAAAUUUGAAAUGUGACGUUUGUACGCGUGUUUAUUCGAUCACAUACGCCAGGGUACGAAUCGUAUACAACUAAUCGUACCGUGUAAAUGGGCCUUUAUUUUGACAAUAUGCCUCUCAUCCCCCUUUAAGAUUUUCAAACCUUGGUUAAUAUUACUUAAAGUGCGAAUAACCCCAAAUAUCAUCUUUUGUACAGUAUGUGUUAUUUAAAGCACGCGUAGGAGUGUUUUAUCACUCCUACGCGUGCUUUAAAUGGCUUAAAAAACGACUCAUCUUAUACGAGUUCAUUGACGAAGUAAUUUUUAAAAUAAACUUUGUCUAAACCGAGAAAAUCAAAGCUAAAGUUUAUGUAAAUUAACAUGAUUUUUUAUCACAUAUUUUUAUAUGUGACACGACAUGCUGUGUUUUGCUCCUGAAUUAUUGAGUUUUUUAAGUGUAUUUAGGUCAUUCGAGGAGGAAAUGUAAUAUUAUCUUUAAAACAAAAAAUCCCAUCUUGAUCAAAUUUUUCACUGUCAAAGGUUCCGGAUAUGAUGUCAUUAGGUGAAUUGCAAAUUAGUUUUCCUUUGUUUUUUGUACCAAAAAUUUACCUAAUGACAUCAUAUCCGGAAACUUUGACAGUGAAAAAGUUGAUUAAGACGAGGUUUUUUGCUAUAAAGAUACAUUACAUGUCUUCUUAGAUAUUACACAUACCAAAAAUUAUAUUUGGGGUUAGUCGCACUUUAAAAUCAUUGUUUUGAUGAAAGACGACGUUUUUCGCCACUUACCGAACAUUUGGAGUAGUUUGAGAUAAAAUAUGAACCUUUGGAAAAUAAAUCGAAGACGAUAGGGGGGAGACCACAUGGAAUCCACUUGUAUUUGAGCAAAACGUCUAACAUAUUUCUUCAUGGGCGUAUGGGCCUAAUCUUGUUUGGGGGCACAGUAUAGUUUGCUCGAACAGGCAAACUGAAUAUUAACAUCCCCAAAAUUGUUGGCGGGGGGGGAGGUCACCAAAAAAAAUUUUCCGAAUAUACCAAAAAAAAAUUUCCGGACAUGCCAAAUACUUUUAUACAAACAUGCGAAAAUUUUGCCGCACAUAUCAGAACAUUUUUCCUGACAUCACGUAAUUUUUGCAAAGAUACAAAAUUUUUUUCAGGACAUAUCAAAAUUUUUCCGAAAUUUUUAUGUCUUGCCCGAAUUUCGCAUUGAUUUUUGCCCGACCGUAACGGGGCACGUGCCCCCCCCCCCCGUCCCAUACGCCUAUGCAAUUUCUUAUCAGUUGAAAAUGAUUGUUUUGAGCUGUUUUUUGCCACUUUCCAAAGGCGUGGAGUAUUUUGAUGCAAAAUAUGCAAAAGUUAGUCGAAAACCAAGCCGGGUGGAUUACAGUAUCCUCUUGUGUAUUAUUAAAUUAAGGUUAAAAUUUUUUUCUACAGACAACGUCCGGUGAUGAGGAAUCACUAGAGCUUGUCCAGAAGAAAAUGCCACGAAAAGUAAAGAAAAGAAGGAAAAUUGAAACAGAUGAUGGGGUAAGUGGACUAAAGAUAACUCAUGCAAAUACAUGGUAGGCUAAUAUAGACAAUUCCCAUUAUGGACUAAUUUUUUUAUCUUGGCCAAAAAAUUGCAUUCCCGGAAAGAACAUACUAAAAUGAGUGAUAUUGCAAAGUUUGGUUGCGAAAUGUUGUAAAAUGCGGAAAAUAUAGCCUUGCGAAAUUCGCAAAUUUUGUGUACUUUUCUAUUGCGUGGGAAAAUUGCUACCACAUUUGGGCCGAAAAUGGUAGCAAUUUCCGCACGCAAUACAAAAGUACACAAAUUUUGCAAACUUUGCAAGGCUAUAUUUUCCGUAUUUUACAACAUUUCGCAACCAAACUUUGCAAUUUUACUCAUUUUAGUAUGCUCUGCAAGGAAAAUUUCAAAAGGUACACUUUUUUAAGGACACCCUGUACUGUACUGUACUGUAUAUGGUGAUCAACCUGUACUAUAUGUCCUUUGCAGUUGGCAUAUGAUCAAUUCACCCUUGCGAUAAUUACGUCAUUUGGCCUGGGAGCCUCGCUCUCAUGAAUCGCGAGCCAAUCAGCUUGCGUAAUUUACUGAUGAGAGCGAGGCUCCAAGACCAAAAAGUAUGUGUGACAUAAUUAUCGAAAGGGUGUUUCCUGUAACCAUGGAUAAUAAAAUAAAUGGAUAGGACUCUAGCUGACGUAAGCAAAAACAACCUAGUUGCAAUCUGUGACGUCACGCGUAUUGCAAAGUUCUCGGCAUUUUUGUCGUUUCGCUAUACUUUCCGCUUUAAAAGAGUAAUAUUGAAGCAUAUACUGGUCUAAUUGUUUUAAAAACAUGCCUAAGCCACGACAAAGUAUUCAAGGUAAAUGUUUUUCGUCUUUGUUUUAUAUUUUUUUACAUUUGUAGCUACGAAAUUGGCGUCCCCAAUUUUAACGAAAUUUGGGAUGCCUUUUUCACUGUUUAGUGCUUGAAAUAUUUGCUAAAAUUGACUGGGAUUACUUAGAGAUUUCAUCGUAGAAUGGCGUAGUUAUAUUCAUUUGCUCUUUGACUAAAAUGUUUAGCUGUAUUAUUGCUAAACAUGCCAUUUUUGAGAAUUUGGUUUUCAACUAGGUUUCAACAUCCAAUCAUGCCAUCAGCCCAUUGAAAACAUUAGGUCACGUCAGCUAGUUUCCUAUCCAUUUAUUAUCCAUGCUGUAACUAUAGGUCCUUUUCAGUUGGCAUAAAAAUACUUUGCAUAACAACAUGUGCAGGGCGAGAAAUAUGCUGUGCUUUCUCUCAUUUCCUUUGUUGAAAUGAUGAAAAUCAUCUGCCGUACGAUAGUGCUUUUCUGAUUCGGUUCAUUCAUUUUUUUAGUCAGAUGCAGGAUGGGAGGAAUUCUAUGAUUACAUAUUCCCUGAUGAUGAAGAUAACCUUCCGAACUUUAAACUAUUGCAAAUGGCUAGACUUUGGAAACAGAACAAAGCUCAGGAAUGA